CAUCUGGGACAAUUCUCGCCAUAAACCAAAAAAGACCAGGUCAAUAUUUCCUCCUUUCUCUUUUAAAAUCUAAAAAAACAAAGUGAAAAAGAAAAGGGCAAAAAAAAAAAAAAAUCCCAAAUUUUCAUCGACCGGCCGAUUAAUCUCUCAUCGGCCGGCGACAACAACGGCGAUUUCAUUCAUCUAAACGAACAAGGGGAAGAAGGAGCGCAGAAACCCUAGAUUUCGUUAUUACGACCUCGAUUGAUUUCAGAUUCGAGAUCGGAUGAAGAUGAUAACGCGUUCGAAUCUCGCGGAGCAAUUGAGGGAGUAUCAGAUCAGAUCUAAGUAUGAUUGGGCUUCUGUUUCCUUCUUCUCAUCUACGUCUAGCGUCUCGUCGACGAGGGCGGACAUCUUGUAUGUGAUAUGGGAGAUUUUAAUGUUUGUUUUCCUUGUUUUCUCGGCGGUUUCGUUGUACUUCAGGUACAUGAAGCUUGCUCUUAUAUUAAUAUGCCUUAUGGCAUUCUUUCUUGUGUGCAUGAAAAUUACAAAGCAAGUAAGGCAGAACAGGAAAAGUAAGCGAAGAAUGCUCCUGCCAUUGUCAAUGUAAAGUUAUUGGCAGCCUGCCCUCUUGAAGUGGCUGUCUUUUUCUGUGCAGACGUAUUGUUUUUGUCUUUUUUUGCCGAAAUUUUGGGGCACAUGUAUUUUCCUUCUCUCAGUUGAGUAACGUUCUUUCAUGCAUAUGUUUCUUCUAUUAAUUUGGAAGAUAAUUGAUUUACUAGCCUCUGCAGGAUAGCAUUGGCCACGAUAUACUAA